CCUAAACUUUCCCCCUAUCGUUCUCGUGACUUGAUCUUCAUCUUCACUUUUUCAUCCGUUGCACUCAUUCUCUGUCUCACCCACCUCCUCUCUUUUUGCCUUGCCGCAUUCUCACUUCGUUGCAGUCCUUUGACGAGUACAUCGCCAAUCCUCCCGGCGUGUCUCUUCUACCUUGGCUGUCCGGAAAAUCCUCCACGCCUGUAAUCCUUCGCUUUCUUCGCCAACAGCUUCUUACGCGCCUUUCUCUACUGCGCCUGUAUCCUCAUCCUCCCUCUGAACACACUAUCUACAAAGCUUCCCGAUCGCCUCACUUACGCUCCAUACUAAGAUUCUCUAUACUGGGAAUAAAAUGUCCACUAUGAUGAUUGGCCACCGGCGGAUACAGAUACGAGCGGUCCUAUUCGUUGCAGUCAUCUUCGUUCUGAUCCUCAUUUUCACGGCCUCGUCCACGGGCCUCCACAACCGCUUUCCUCCCUUCAGACCUCAUAUUCCAUCAACAAGCGAGACCACCAAAUCACCGAAUUCCUCAACCGAUCCCACAUUCGAUCAUACCUAUGACAAUAUUGACAAAGCACCCGCCUCGGGUGAGAAGGCUCACGACCCAUGUGUCCAAGUAGCUCUGAAGGAUGGCGGGACUUCACCACAAAAAACUGAUGGAACAUGGGUGCUUGUCACUGGAGGAGCUGGCUUCAUCGGUUCAAAUCUGGUGGACCGACUGCUCGAUCUUGGUUACAAAGUCCGUGUGUUUGACAGUCUCUACACCGGCUUCCUACGCAAUGUUCCUCUGGACGACAAUCGCAUUGAGUUUGUCUUUGGUGACAUUAUGGAUCCAAAAGCGUUGGAGCGGGCUGUCAAGGGAGUAGACUACGUCUAUCAUUUGGCUGCCAUGUCCAAGGUAGUACCCUCGCUCAAAAACCCUGAAAUGGCUCGUUUCUGCGUUGAGGUGAAUGCGCUCGGAACCUGGAAUGUUCUCAAUGCCGUUCGUGCAAAGGGUGAUAUCAAGAAGGUCAUCUACGCUGCUUCUUCCACCUACUACGGCAACAACAAGCCUCCCCAUAGCGAGGAACAAGCUCCCGACUUCCUCACUCCUUAUGCUGCUAGUAAAUACGAGGGAGAACUCCAAAUGCAGAUGUUUGAUCGUCUGUUCUCCGUACAGACCAUUUCGACACGCUUCUUCAUGGUUUACGGUCCUCGCCAGCCCAGCACCGGCGCUUAUGCCAUUGUCACUGGUGUUUUCGCGAAGCAGGCAGCCGACGGCAAGCAACUGACCAUCGAGGGCGAUGGUUCCCACUACAGAGACUUUAUCCACGUUUCGGACAUUGUAAACGGUCUGAUCUUGUCUCAGCAAUCCCAGGAUCUGCACGGCAACGUGGUCAAUCUUGGCACUGGAACGGCCUUUUCUGUUCAAGAUGUUGCCGAUCUUGUGUCCAAAGACCAGGUCCACAUAGAUGGUCGCAAGAAUGAUCUGGAGGGCACUCUUGCUGAUACCUGCAGGAUGAAACAACUCCUUAACUACAAGGCGAAGAUGGACUUUACAAAAGAAAUGAGCUAUAUGGUCAAGGAGACAAUGGAAGGUAACGUUUUCAUGCAAAAAUGGCUUACGCCGCUUCACGCACUCUCAGCCCCGCAUCUCCUUGCUCCUGGGACCCCAGUUUUCAAGUGGCCCAAGGUUCAGAACGAUCUGGAUGAACUUAUUUCAUCCUUGGGCAACAUCGACACUGCCUCUGACAAUGUUGAACGUAGCAUCACCGUCAUCCCGUUCAGCCUAGAGAAGAACGAUUCCUGGCUCUUCGGCGAUAUGCUUCUCAAUACCAUCCAUUCUUUGGUACGUUUUGGUGGUGUCACCCAAUACAUCGUUGCACCGACAGACAAGGCUGCGCUAGAGCUUUGUAUCGAGCUCAAUGUUCCUACCUACGACGCUCAGACGGUCAACCCAGCCGACCUUCUUCAUACGCUACUUGGUCUCAACUUCAAUGUUCACUUUGCUCAGCUCGGAAAUUCGUAUGUCAGUCCCGUGCAGACAUUUGUACAGGAAGCAUCCAGUAAGAACGGCAAUGCCGAUCUCAUCCAGGCCACUCCAUUUGGCGAUGUCUUCGUUCGUGCCAACGAAAACUCUCGCACCGCGAGCGCAGCUUGGUCCCAACAGAAGCCAUCAUUACCUGCUAAUGAUAUUUUCGUUCCUGCGACAUGGCCCGAAAGCCUUACUUUGAAACGCGCAAAGUUCGAAGUGUCUACUCUCUGUAAGGGUAGCCUUGGGAAGGGAUCUGCCACAAAUACGAACGACCAAAAGGCGAAGGCCUCCGAGGAGGCCUUACAUCCGAGCGCUGCAUACGCUGCUGAAGCUCAACCAACCUCGGGUCUCUUCCAAGGCAAAGCCAGCCCCGAAAAGCGUGCAGCACCUGCUAAGGCACCUACCGGCCUUUGCGACAGUUCUCGCUUCUACGUCCCGGCCAGCUGCUCGACCACAAAUACCAAAUUUACCAACGCUGAGGCCAAAACCAUCAAGGAGGCUCUUUCGAACGUUGAACUCUGGCACAUGACCGAGUGUGAGGACAAAGAGCACUGCGACCGCCAGCAGACGGUACCAUUCCGCUGGGUUCAAAGUAAGCCCGACCUGGCUGCUACUGGCGGUCUGUGCUGAGCGUUUCCGAACAAUGUUUCAUGAGCAACGCCAGGGGCAGAGGAUGAUAUUGCAGUGAUGAAGAGGAAGCGCGAGAGUUCCUGAAAUCUUUCAAAAUGGCGCUACAUACUUCUGAUCAAGUCGGGCAAGUCGGGCAUUUUGAGGUGCAACCCUGGUACAGGACGAGGCGUUAUCUCAGGCGUAGGCGUGGACAUACACUUCCGUUAUUAUUAUUUUGUCGUGUGAAAUCUCCCCCAUUACGUCAGUGUGCCUUUGGAGAUUUCCGUCGAUUCAUAGCGCUUCUAGACCUGCCUUUAAAACUCGAGGUGGGUCUCGGAUGAGAGGGAGAGGAAUGUGUGAUCCCGCGCGGAUCAUGGAAGAGGGCUUUUUUUGUAAAGCUGCUCGUUGUAUAAUAUUCUUCUAGUCUGCCGGACUGUCACGCUUUCCUUAUACCGUAUUUUUUUGGGCAUUCCCAGGUGGGGAUUCAUAUGAGCUCUCCAAAAAUGGCUACGACCGU